AUGUUAGCUGAGGCUGUUGGGCCGGACAGUCCGAGUCGCCCCAAGUCAACCGCCAAGUCGACCUCUAAGUCUACAGCUAAGCCAACGUCUGCCUCUGCAUCAAAAUCUUCUAAAGCCAAGUCAUCUACCACUCCGAAGUCCUCUUCCAAAGCUCCCUCCAUCUCUCUCGAGCCAAUGGGAUUGAAGGCUGAUUGGCAGUCUGCCGUCUCGCGCCGGUCGCAAACCCCAGCGUCCAAGUCCCAAGCCAGUUCUUCUGCGCGAUUUGACUCACCGGCAACAGCGUCAUCCAGUCAGGGAACCCCUGCACCGAGGAACUCGGCCGCAGCCCAUCGCGCAGCAAAUGCCAAACGCACUCGGCGUCAAAACUCAUUCGAGUACAUCGGCGGGUUCACCGAUAGCGACGUGACGGUCAGCCUAGGUACUGCACGACGCAGCUCCACCCAGCUUGCACAGGUCGUCUCAAGUACAGAUAAACGGGACGAGAGUGAAGAGCGGGAGACAGAGGGUGCGAAGAAGAAACGGCGGGCGAGGAGUGCGGUGUCGGAGGAGAAGUCGCUUUCGGUAACUUCUUUGCCUGCGUUCAUCCGCCCGCACUGGAAGACGGUCUUUCUUCCUACGUUGCUUCAGCUGACCGGUGAAAGCGAGCAUCCUUGGGUGUUUGCAAGGGGCAAAAGCUCCUCUACUGGCGACGACAACCUCCUUAUGGCACUCGUGCAGAAGCUGAUAGAUUCGCUUUGGCCGUCGGAGCAUUACGACGUCAACAAAAGUGACAAGGUAUAUAAGAUUGCACGUCAGGCGGUGAUUGACUGGCGUGGCCGCUUUGCCAUGCGGAUCAAGACAGCCGUCAAGCAAGAGCUCACCAAGCAGGGCUCAGCGGCGAACAUCCGCGUGUUCGUGGAGAGCGCACUGUCACGCAGCACCGGGCUGGCAUUCUGGGCGACAUACGAUGCAGACAUAAGCACAAUGGACUCCUAG